AAAAGUGUCAAUUGCCGAAACCAUGUGCACGUUUUCAAAUCGGGCAAGAUCUUUUCGUGAACUUUUGUCGUGAAUUAACUGGCUGAAACGUGUUUUUUGUUUAUUUAGUAUAAAACUUACACACACUUGUUACCGCUGUUGCUGUUGUUUCGGUGAAGGCAAUCGUAGGAGGGCCACACAAUGACGAUCGUGAACCUUGAUCCAACCAACCUCGAGUUCUCCGUCUUUACGACGGAGGACGUGCGGAAGAUCAGCGUGAUGAAGGUGGAAUCGUACCGGUCGUUCGACGACAUGGGCAACCCGGUCAAGUCCGGGCUGUACGAUCCGGCGAUGGGUCCGUGCGGGUUCGGUGAAAUCUGUGCGACGUGCACCCGUGACGUCAGCACGUGCGAGGGCCACUUCGGGCUGAUCGAGCUGGACCUGGUCGUGUACAAUCCGUUCUUCAUGCGCACGGUUAGCAGUCUGCUGCGCAUUACUUGCAUGUCGUGCGCCCGGGUGCAGCUGCAGGACGGAGCGAAAUCGUUGCUCGAGCUGCAGCUGCGGCUGGCCGACGCCGGCUACAUCGUCGAGGCGGAAGAGAUCGACGUGUACAAGACGAAACUGCAGGCCAAUCCGCACGAUGCCAUACCGGAGGAGAUUACGUACUACGAGGACCUGCUGCGCAAGGAGCCGUACAACAAGCUCGGCAACACGAAGCUCUCCAGCACGAUCCGGACCGCGAUCGUGAACAGCACGCUCAGGCAGGAAUCGAAACGUUGCAUCCACUGUACGAAAAUGCUGCAGCGUGUUCGCAUUACCGACAAAAAACUAACGAUACGGUGGACCCAAGCGGACAAGAAGGCGUUUCUCGAGGAGAAAGGAAACAAGAACCCAACCGACGAGGAGGUAAAAUCGUCCACGGAGGUGGUGCUCGCCCGCGAAAGCCAAAUGUUUCUGCGCAAGCUGUACGAGCAGGAAGGCACGCUGCUGUCGCUGCUCUUUCCCGUACUGAACUCGGCCAAGCACGAGACGACCCAAUAUCCGACGGACAUUUUCUUCAUGGAGGUGGUACCGGUGCCGCCCUGCAAGAUGCGUCCCGUCCGCCGAGCUAACCGCGUACCCGGCCGCUCCUCGGUAAUGGAACACGCGCAGUCGGUGCUGCUGCGCAACAUCUUCGUCGCGAACGCAACCGUGCGGGCCAUUCUGUUCGGCAGCGAGGGAAAGGAGAAACCGGAAGGCAUGAGCGAUGCGACGUUCGGCCAGCUGAAAUCGAUCCACCAGCAGGCGAAGGGCGCCACCGUGACGGAGAAGCUGUUUCACGCCUGGUGCGAUCUGCAGUCGAACGUCGACCAGCUGCUGGACGUGGAGAAGCUGUCCGGCGGCAAGCAGGUGGUCACGUUCGGACUGAAGCAGCUGAUCGAGAAGAAGGCCGGGCUGAUCCGGAUGCACAUGAUGGGCAAGCGGGUGAACCAUGCGGCCCGCACGGUCAUCACGCCCGAUCCGAACAUCGGGGUGGAGGAGAUCGGCAUACCGACACGGUUCGCGAAGAAGCUCACCUACCCGGUCCCCGUGACGCCCUGGAAUGUGGCCGAGCUGCGCCAGUGGGUGAUGAACGGGCCGGACGUCUAUCCGGGCGCGAACAUGAUCGAAGAUGCGAACGGGCGGGUAAGCAAAAUAUCGUCCACGAACGUGACGCAGCGCCAAUCGCUGGCCAAAACGCUGCUAACGCCGCACGGUGCCGGCGCGGAGUCGAGCGGUGACGAUACGAUCAAGAUCGUCCAUCGGCAUCUGCAGAACGGGGAUAUACUGCUGCUCAACCGGCAGCCCACGCUGCAUCGGCCGAGUAUAAUGGCGCACCGGGCGAAGAUUCUCGGUGGGGAGAAGAUUUUCCGCCUGCACUACUCGAACUGCAAGUCGUACAAUGCGGACUUUGAUGGGGAUGAAAUGAAUGCUCAUCUGCCGCAGAACGAGGUGGCCCGGGCGGAGGCGUACGGGUUGGUGGCGGUGCCGUACCAAUACCUCGUGCCGAAAGACGGCACACCGCUGGGUGGUUUGAUUCAGGAUCACAUCGUAUCGGCGGUGAAGCUUUUCAUACGCGGCAAGUUUUUCAACCGGGAGGACUACCAGCAGCUAGUGUUUCAGGCGCUGAGCAACAAGAAGGGCAAUAUUGAGCUGCUGCCACCGUCCAUCCUGAAGCCGGUGAGACUGUGGUCCGGCAAGCAAAUCAUCUCGACCAUCAUCAAGAACAGCACACCGAAGGGCAUGCCGUACAUCAACUUGGUGGGAAAGUCGAAGCUAAACAACAAGCAUUGGUGUGUGCUUCCCGCCCGCCCCUGGGAGUACGGUGGCACACCGCUCCGCGAGAACGAGCUGUCCGAAUCGGAGGUGUUCAUCCGGCAGGGUGAGCUGCUGAGCGGCAUCCUCGACAAGAACCACUUCGGCGCCACACCGUACGGUCUGAUCCACUGCAUGUACGAGCUGUACGGGGGCGUCUGCUCCACCGCUCUCCUUUCGUCCCUGUCGCGGCUCUUCACCUACUACCUGCAGUGGGAAGGGUUCACGCUGGGCGUACGGGACAUUCUGGUGCAGAGCAAGGCGGAUCGGAAGCGGUCCAGAAUUAUACGCGAGUGUCGCGCUGUGGCCGGGCACGAAGCGGCCACCUCAGCCCUCGAGCUGCCGGCGAGCGUUUCGCGCGACGAGCUGGCCCAGCGCAUGCGGGAAGCGUACGCCAAGAAUCCAAAGUUUCGCGCCAUACUCGACCGGAAGUAUAAGACCGUGCUCGAUACGUACACCAACAGGAUUAACAACGCAUGCCUGCCGGAAGGCUUGAUCAGCAAGUUCCCGGAGAACAAUCUGCAGCUGAUGGUACAGUCGGGUGCGAAGGGUUCGACCGUUAACACGAUGCAAAUCUCGUGCCUGCUCGGGCAGAUCGAGCUGGAGGGCAAACGACCGCCGCUCAUGAUUUCCGGCCGUUCGCUGCCGAGCUUUGCUGAUUUUGAUACGUCACCGAAGUCGGGCGGCUUUAUCGACGGCCGGUUUAUGACGGGCAUACAGCCGCAGGAGUUUUUCUUUCACUGUAUGGCAGGCCGCGAGGGUCUGAUCGAUACGGCGGUGAAAACUAGCCGCUCCGGCUACCUGCAGCGCUGUCUGGUGAAGCAUCUCGAGGGCCUGUCGGUGCACUACGACAUGACGGUGCGGGAUAGCGACGGCAGCGUGAUCCAGUACAUGUUCGGCGAGGACGGUAUGGACAUUGCGAAGACGCAGUUCAUCGGCAACGAGAAGCAGACGCGCUUUCUCGACAUGAACCGGGACGUGAUCGUGCAGCCGGAGGUGCUGAAGCGGCUGCAGACGUCCCGCGACGAGGAUCCGCUGAACGAGGCGCUGAAGAAGCACGUCAAAAAGAUGAAACGCUGGACGAAGCAGAAUGGCGGAGGGCCGACGGAGGUGCAGCGGGUUCGCACGUCCGCUUUUGCACUGUUUUCCGCCGACCAUGCGGAAGCGUUGCGGGCGGAGCUCCCGAACCCGGACAAGAUGAAAAAGUCGGGCCGUACCAAGCUGACGGAGAAGCUGCUCAAGCGGUGGGGCAAGCUGGAGCCAGCGGCCCGGCGCGAGUACGUGAGAAGGGCGGCCCACUGUCCCGAUCCGGUCGGUGCCGUCUUUCCGCCCGAUUCGCACUACGGCGUGCUGUCGGAGAAGCUGGAGGCGAUGGUGCGCAAGUACAAGCGCACCGAGCAGCCGCUCCACAACAUCGACGAGCUGAUGCAGGUGAAGGGCAGUGCGUCGCUGGCCGCGCCGGGCGAACCGGUCGGCGUGCUGGCGGCCCAAUCGAUCGGCGAACCGUCCACGCAGAUGACGCUCAACACGUUCCACUUCGCGGGGCGCGGUGAGAUGAACGUGACGCUCGGUAUUCCGCGUCUGCGCGAGAUUCUGAUGUGUGCGGCGGCCGAGAUCAAGACACCGUCGAUGGAGAUACCGUUCCUGCCGCACCGCAAACCGGAGCGGCUGAAGGCGGUGGCCGAGAAGCUGCGCAAAUCGCUCAACCGUGUCACGGUGGCGGAUGUGCUGGAGAAUAUUAAUAUCAAGUCGAAGCUGGUGGUGCAUCCUUCGCGCGGCAUGCAGCACACCAUACGCUUCAACUUCCUUCCGCAGGACGCGUACGAUCACGACUACUGCGUUACGCCGAGCGGCAUCCUUCGGCACAUGUCGCGCAAAUUUUUCAAAGCAAUGUUUGCCGCCAUUCGGCGAGCGGAAUCGGCGAAGAAUGUGCUAAUCGACACUGAAAUGCAGGAAGGUAAAUCGAAAAAGCAUAAGAAGGGGGCUGACACUGAAGAGGACGACGAGAUCGAUCGCCAGGAGCCGGGGAAAGUUGAUAAGAGCGAGAAGGCUGUGUAUUCGGAUAGCGACAGUGACUCGGACGAUGGUGGCACGCCGGCUGUUGAUGGGGAUGCAUCGGAUGCGAAGAACCGGGGCAAGACCAAGGACGAGCACGAUUACGACGAGGACGACGAGAACGAUGCGGAUGCUGCGGGGGCCAGCUCCGACGACUCGGGCGUUAGCGAGGACGAGCAAGAGGAUGAGAAGGAGGCGCAAAAGCAGCCAGCAGCGGGGGGAAAGCAAAAGAAAAAGCUUCCGUCCGCCAAGGCAUCGAAGAGCCACUGCAUCGAGGAGGCGCUGAUUGAGGAGUACGAAAAGGAGCAGGACGAGCUGGGGCAGGAGCUGGCAGCGAUGCCCGGCGCCGAGGAAACGCUGAAUGAAGCGGAAGAGACCAUGUUUUUGGCGCAGGUGAACGCGCAGGUCAGCAAGUUCCAGCACGAUCGGGUCGCCAAACGGUGGUGCCAGAUCGUGCUGCACAUGCCGCUGAAGCUGAAGGAGAUCGACUUCACCAAGGUGCUGCGGGAUGUGGCCGCCAAAUCGGUAAUCUGGGAGGUGCCCCGGAUCAAGCGCGCCAUCACGUACAUGCAAAACGAUCAGCUGUACCUGCGAACGGACGGUACGAACAUGUCGGCGAUGACGGCGCACGCGAAGGUGCUGGACCUGAACCGGCUGUACACGAACGACAUCCACGCGAUGGCCAACCGGUACGGCAUCGAGGCGGCGUCGCGCGUGAUCGUGAAGGAAAUACAGAACGUGUUCAGCGUGUACGGCAUCACGAUCGAUCCGCGCCAUCUGCUGCUGGUGGCGGACUACAUGACGGCGAGUGGCCGGUACCAGGCGAUGAACCGCAUGGCGAUGGAGUCUUCGGUUUCGCCGCUGCAGCAGAUUUCGUUCGAAUCGUCGCUCAAGUUCCUGAAGGAGGCGCUGCUGAAGGGCACGAACGAUCGGCUGGAGUCACCCUCGUCCAGGCUGAUCGUGGGCCAGCCGUGCAAGGUGGGCACGGGCUCGUUUACGCUCUACUCGUCCGCCCUGAAGGACUAUGCCGAGGCGUCAAUGGCAUAAGGGAGCAUGGUAGCUUACAAACACAUUUUUGCAUAUAGCCUUUGAAUAAAGUUCUUUAACAAUA